CCUUCACCCGCUGCUCUCCCCACGUCGGCUGCGCGUCUGACAGGACACCAUGGGGCUGCAGAGGGAGAAAUCGGACACUAGUAUCAUUAUGGACGAAGAUGAGUUCAACAGAUCGAUCGAGCCUAUUCUGUCGAAGAAGGGGAAAGUGUACGCAGCGGAGCCGGACCGAGAUCCAAACGAUGUCAACGCGUACUUGAAGGUCGGGUUUGAAGAUGUCGUCGCUGAGCCGGUCUCCGCGCACAGCUUCGACAGAGUGUGGAUCGGAAGCCACGCUGUGUUCGAGCUGGUCAAAUUCAUCAUCUACCGCCUGCUGACCACCCUGCUGGCCGUGCCCAUAGCGUUCCUCCUCGGGCUGGUGUUCGCGCUGCACAGCUGCAUCCACAUCUGGUUGGUGAUGCCUGUGAUCCAGAGCUUCCUGAUGCUGCUACCGUCCAUCCAGAUCGUGUGGAGGAGUCUGACGGACAUGUUCAUCACACCGCUCUUCAACAGCAUGGGCAAGAGCCUGUCCUCCAUUCAAGUCCAAACCAUCGAGAACUGAUGCAGACAGGAGGAAGAAAUGCAGGAGUGAAUAAUCCAAGUGGUAAGAGUUCUUAUAAAGUCAAAAAUGAAGAUUCCUGUAAACAAGUGUAACUACUGUAGAUGGAUAUAGUGUCAAGGUUUAAUCUGUCAAACCUAUUCAGUACACAAUCUUGAUUCCAGAGUCUCCCUGCAGGUCAUUUGCUUGGGGGAGGUAACCAUCUGGGUUGUAUAGUCACAUAAACUGAAGCUCUUAAUUUAGUGUGACUAUUCAUUUUGAAAUAUUAAUUUUCACAAUAUUGCUACAAACAGAAAACACAGAAAAACAAAUGUAGCUUAGAUAGCUGCUUUUCAUGUGACCUGUAAAUCAAGAGAGGUCAACAGACCCGCCCCUGUGUAUCAUGACAGGAACCUAGUGCUGCAGGAACUUUAAUUAGAUCCAACAUAACAAGCAGUUAUAAAAAACGCUUAAGACUUUAUAAGUAUCUCAUGUUCACCACCCAAAGUUGAGUUGUUUUGUUGAUUGUGACCAAAAGAAAUUCUUGUCAUUCCAUUAUUUUGUGGCUGAGAGAGGAGUGUAUUAUAGUUCAAGCUAACAUACUGCUGCCUUGCUACGAGAUGUCAUAUUGCUGCUUUUUUACAUGUAUAUAUUGCAAAGAGUUCAGCUAGAAGUUGAAUGUAAUGAUGUGAAUAUUAAAUGCUGAGACGCAGCUUGCUGCACAUUCACUGGCUUAUAUUUCAUCUGCUGUGUAAAUCUAACAGUGCUUUGGCAAUAUCAGGCAUUUGCUUUCUUAAGGACCUAUGUUAGUCUAUAAGCUAUAUGCAGUAGAAUUGUUUUAACAUGGAUCUAUGUAAAAUUCUCAGAAGGGUGGUGUUCUAAUUUAUUAUUUAUGCAAUCACCAAUUCUUGAUCCGCAAACAUUUGGUGGUGUCUGACACCAAAGAAGUUGAAGAGCUCAGACUCUGGUACAUGCAUGUUACAUUUAGAGGUGCUUUCUGAUUGCUACAGAGCUGCGACUACUCAGGCUGGGCUAAGAGGCCUACAUCUACAGCCAGAAGGACAUUAAAGCUAGAGUUGGAAAUUCUGGAAAAGCUAGGAAGAGCAGACUACUUUGACAAAAUAAAACAGAUAUAUCCCAACCCCUCCCAUCGGCCCUCUGGUAUUGACUGAGUCAUGAACGUGCACUGACAACUGCUAGAAAACUUUUCUGUGACUUGCUUGCUCACUUCUGACUAUUGUCUCAGGAAGGUCGGUUUGUAAGCGACAGGAACACAAGCCACUCAUUUCAUUUAGUGAGAAUGAAAUGAUUGUUUGUUUAUUACAGUCCUGUGAGCCAUUGAUGGCUCUCGGGAUGUGAAGAGGAUUUCAACAAAUAAAAAGUGUUUCUGAAACAAAUUGCCAACCCUACCUUUAACAGCUACAUAAUCUUAUUUUAACCUCUUUUUGCUGUGGAUUUGAUAAAGUUGUGUACAAGCAUGCAAAGUUCACUGGCUCUGAGCUGAACAAUCUGAAAUGUAGAAGAUGAUCGAUGGAGCAGUAUCUGUUGUGUGCUGUUACUAAAAUGUGCUUUCUAGAGAGAUUUCAACUUUUGGUGUGUGAACACACCUCUAAUAAACAGACAUAUUUUCUAAGACCACA